AUGGCCAAGAAUCCCAACGACUCUUUCUCCUUUUCUAGGAGGUAUUUCAACUUCAGAAAGAAGGUUGAAGAUGAAGAAGAUGAUAUGGAAGAAAUCUUGAACUUCAGCUCCUCUUCAGAUGACAAGGAGCUGAAUUUUCCUGGGCGUUCAUUAUCUGCAGGUCCAAUGAACGAACCCAAGAAAAAGAAGCAGCCACUGGGGGCGUUUUCUAAGAUACGGUCUGUACUUUCAUUAGGCAAGAAUCGAACACAUCUCUCAUCCGGGCUGGGGACAAAAAUUGUGGGCACGCUUUUUGGGUAUAGAAGGGGGCGUGUGCAUUUUGCAUUUCAAGAGGAUUUCAAGUUGAGCCCAGCAUUUUUGGUUGAACUUGCAACUCCAACAAGCAUUUUGGUAAAAGAAAUGGCUUCUGGGCUUGUGAGAAUUGCACUUGAAUGUGACAAAAAGACAGAGAAAAAGGGUGUGAAGCUUUUAGAGGAGCCUAUUUGGAGGACUUACUGUAAUGGGAAGAAAUGUGGAUAUGCAGUGAGACGUGAGUGUGGGCCAGAGGAGUGGAAGAUCUUGAAUUCUAUUGGUCGAAUUUCCAUGGGUGCAGGGGUGUUGCCUGGUGCGGGAAAUGGGGUGGAACCAGAGGGGGAAUUAAUGUACAUGAGAGCAAAAUUUGAGAGAGUUGUGGGGUCUAAAGAUUCUGAAGCUUUUUACAUGAUGAACCCUGAUGGCCAUGGAGGUCCUGAACUUAGCAUUUAUUUGCUUAGAGUUUGA